UUUUUUGUAAUGGAAGAAAAUUAAUUGUAAUCAUGUUAAUUUAAUUGUUCUUUUGACAUUUAAUUUUGUACGAUCUUUGUUUCGUUUCAUCUUUUUUUCUGUGAUCAAAAGGUUUGUCUUUACUGUUUUGUUUUCUAAGCUAUUGUGAUAUUUGUGUAUAAUUAUUGUGUAUUUAACAUCGUCAUCAUCACCAACAACAACAACAACAUCAAAAUAUCAACAAUGUUUAAAAGCUUGAAACAAAAAUUGGAAUCUGAAAAGGUUGAGACAAGCAGUUUGUCAUCAGAAAGUGAUGUAACUGUCAAUCCAUCGACAUCAUCAUUAAAUCAAUUUGAUGAAUCAUUGAACAGUAAUCAUAAAAAAAGUAAUUCUAAUUUAUCUGGUGAGAAUGAAGGUAAACGGAAUAACACUAAUGGUCAUGAGAGUAUUUUAAAAUGGAUGAUGAAUAAAUCUUCAUCUUCUUCUCAGGAUAUAAGUAGCUUAAAUCAACGGUCAAAUACAACGACAACAUCUACUAAUUUAACUUCUUCAUUAAGGCCUACUUCAAGAUCAUCUGUAACUCUAAAUGAAUCGUCCUCUUUUUUAACCUCUACCAACAAUGAUUCUCAGAAUGAGGAGAAAUUACAAUGGGAAAAUGUUCGACUAAGAGAACAAGUGAAAUUAUUAUCGAGAAAAAUUGAAGCUGCUGAUACAAAUGAUGGUAAACCAGUUGAUCAAAUUGAUGAUAAACUUCUUAAAAUGGUUGCUGAAUUGAUUGCCAAAGAGUCGAGUGAAAAUAAUCAGCCAAAGGAAUCAAAUGGUGCUUUCAAAUCGACCUCAGGAAAUUGGUCUUCUCUCUUGUUACCACCAAUUAGUCAAAUAAACAACAUAACUGAUGAUCAACAUAAACAAGAAAUUGAUAAAUUACAGAAACGAAUUAAUGAAUUGGAAGAAUCUUUAAGAGAAAAAAACAAAACUAUCAGAUUACAACAACAAAGGAUAAACGAUAUAAGGAAAAGUUUUCAGAAAGGAUCAACUCUUGAUAAUAAAUUGUUUGAUUUUCCAGGAAAUCAUAAUGAUAACGAAUCAACAACAACAACUGAUGGCUCAUCAUCAAACAAUUUGACAACAUUGAGAUCUGAAAAUGGUUUUAUUGAUCAUCAACAACAACAACAACAAGUUAAUCUACCAAAUCAUAAUCAUUCUAAUAAUCAUUCUCAUCAUCACCAACGUCAACUUUCCGAUUCUCAAUCUCCUCUUAAUUGUCCAAUGAACAAUAUUAGUUGGCAAUAUUUACGAUCGGUCAUCUUUAAAUUUGUCCUAACUUCGGAUUAUGAGGCUCAAAAGCAUUUGGUCAAGGCGAUUUCAAUGAUUCUACAAUUUUCCGACGCCGAAGAGAAACAAAUUAGAGACAGUUUAGAGCAGAAAGUUUCAUGGUUUAAGAAUCUUCCUCUUCUUGGAAAUGGAUUUAAAUACAACAAUCAACAUAAUAAUAAUAGUAACAAUUCAAAUCACCAUUGAUUAGAUAAGAAUCGACUUUUACAUUUAUAUUUAUCAAUCGGACUUGAAAUAUGAUCCAAAUUGUUACAACAAUUAACUUGCAUUUUCAUUUUCAUCGGCACCCUUUACAUGAUCAUCGCUAUUUAAUGAUAACCUGGACCAUUCCCGUUUAAUUAUCCAACUAUACGAAUCAAAUUAAAACAGAUAGAGACCAUUUUUAUUUAGUGAAAGAAUCAACAUCAUCAUCAUCAUCAUCAAUUAACCUUGAUUCCUCAUGAUUUAACAAAGAAAACACAGUUAAUUGUGUGUGAUUAACAAACCAUCAAGUGUCCUUCUUGCUCACUUGUGUUUUAAUCUAAUUUAUUUUAUCGAUUACAAUUAUUAUUGCUAUUGCGAGAGUAGCCUAAAAAUGAGAUCUCAUACUUUUAAGCCCAACAAUCAACUGAUUGUUGAUACUCUUGGUUGAUAAUUUUGUUUUUUUUUCAACGAAAACACAAACAGGCAAACAACAAAUAAAUCACAAUCUAUUAUUAUUAUUAUUAUAUCAGAUUUACUAUUUAAAUCAUUAGCAUGAUGAUGAUGAUCAAAUCAAUUCUGAUUCUGUUUUUCUAACUUUGCAAUAAUAAAAUUGAUUUAAAUUCUAA